AAAACAACAAACAAAAAUAGAAACAAUGGCAGCCACUUCAACCCAAGAAUUCCUGGACGACUUUCGUUGCCCAAUUUCACUGGAAAUCAUGUCCGACCCGGUUAUCCUCUCUUCGGGUCACACCUUUGACCGUGCUUCAAUCCAACGUUGGGUUGACUCCGGUCACCGUACUUGCCCCAUUACUAAACUACCCAUACCCGACCCGGUUACACUCAUCCCUAAUCACGCCCUUCGUAGUCUCAUUUCCAAUUAUACCCUCGUCUCUUUCCCUAAACCACUAUCUUAUCCUGACCCACAAUCCCUCAUUCAAACCCUAAUUAAUUCUUCUUCCCCAAUGGAUUCUAAGCUCAACUCGCUUGACCAACUCAGUAAGCUCUCAAAACGUGACUCAGCGAUUCGAAGGAAAUUAACCGAAUCAGGUGCUAUUUCAGCUGUGCUUAAUUGUGCUCAAUUACAGGAAAAAGCGCUUCAUUUGUUGCUGAAUUUGAGUUUAGAUGAUGAUAAUAAAGUCGGGUUAGUUGCUGAAGGAGUUGUGGGGAAAGUAGUUGCAGCGUUAAGGACAGGUGGCGGCGAUUCAAGGGCGGUCGCCGCCACGGUUCUAACGAGUUUAGCUGUUGUAGAAGUGAAUAAAGCAACAAUUGGGGCAUACCCAGAUGCAAUUCUUGGAUUGAUUUCACUUCUUUGGUGUGGAAAUGUUAGAGAGAGAAAAGAAGCAGCUACUGCUUUGUAUACGUUGUGUUCUUUUCAUGAUAAUCGGGUUCGGGUUGUUGAGAAUCAGGCUGUGGAGAUAUUGAUAAGGAAUGCGAAUUCGGGGUUAGAAAGAGCUGUUGAGGUAUUGGGAUUGUUAGCGAAAUGUAAAGAGGGUCGUCAGGAGAUGAUUAAAUUUGGUGGGUUAUUGGAUGUUUUAGUGAAGUUGUUGAAAAAUGGGUCAUCAAGAGCUGUGCAAUAUGCUUUGUUGACUAUAAGUUUGUUGUGUAAUUAUAGUGAAAGGAUGAGGGUGUUGGUUGUAAGAGAAGGGGUGUUUGAGAUUUGUGUUGGAUUAUUGGAAGAUGAUAAUGAGAAAGUUAGAAGGAAUGCUAAUAGUUUGAUUAAUGUUUUGCAAGGAAAAAAAUUGAGUCUUUGAUUUGGUUAAUUAAAGAAAAAAAAAAGGAUGUCAAUUUGGAAAGUGUUGAUUUUUGAUGGAUUUAUGGAAAGCAUUGGAGGGUGAAGAAGGUGAGUUGGGUUUCCUUAUUUUGUUGAAUAGUUUUUCUUUGUACAAAAUGAUUAGAAUUUUAGGGCCAAAAAAAAUGUGUAUCUCUCUCUCUCUUUUGUUUUUAUAUUUUGAAAAUAAAGAUGAAAAAGAAAAUCAAUGGUU